AAGUCUCUUUUUAGCAGCAAAGAAUUGAAUGAAGUGAAUACAUGAGGUCGUUGAGGUGUACAUAGCCCAGCUCGACAAUGCAAAAUCCAUAUCACAAAGAAUAUAUCAUUGAUUAUUUUGUUCCCCCGCCGCUGUCACUGGGAACCAAGCCCCGAUAUGCAUGAUAAUAUUGGGCAGACGACUGAUUGAAAUGGUCCAUUCCAUUCCUGCGCUAAUAAACCAUUUUUGGGUCAUGCUUCAACUGCAAUGAUAUUUGAACUAAUGAAGCGUGAUUGAAUAACUAUCAAAACAACUUCAAUUCCAGUGAAAAUGGGAAUUAAGCGAACAGGGUGGUGAGAAUUCGUAAACAAAAACAGUUAUUGUGGCAGAAUUCUGAAGUAUACAUCGGAGUUUGGAGGAUAAGCAUUUUUUUAGAGAGAAAGUGAUAUAAUUGGCGCAUUUAAGAACAGCGAAAAUGGCGGAACAGGCAGGAGCAAACAUACCAAAGGAGCAAUUACAAGUUUUGAAGGAAGCGUUUGCCGUGUUCGAUAAGGAUGGCGAUGGCAUCAUCACGGGCAAGGAGUUGGGUAACGUCAUGAGAUCGCUGGGAGAGAACCCCACGGAGAAAGAGGUCGAGGAGAUCGUCAACGAGCUCGAUGUCAAUGGAAACGGUGACAUCGAUUUCUCUGAAUUCGUGGGAGUGAUGUCGAAAAAGAUGAAUGACAUGGACAACGCAGAGGACAUCAGAGAAGCUUUCAGAGUGUUCGACAAGGGAAGUGUGGGAUACAUCGAAAAUUCUGAUCUUCAUCACGUCCUGACUGCCCUUGAUAUCAACAAAAGCGAGGUCGACGAACUCAUAAAGGAUGCCGACAUCGAUGGCGAUGGACGAAUUGAAUAUGAAGAAUUUGUUCAGAUGAUGAAUCUCGGAAACGAGGACAAGGGCGGUGGCGUUGCUAGCCUUGUCAAUGCAGUUCUCUGAUAUCUUCCACAAAUGAUGCUUCUUCAUUUUCUUCCAAAAGCAAUAGGGCGUUUUUAUCAAAAUUUUAUUCUAAUGUCAUAUGUUGUUUUUAAAAUGUUUUGAGGUUGGAAUUGCUAAGAAAGACCUGGUAGUGUGUUUCAGAAAGCAGUUCGUACAUUACGAAUGACUUAUGCUUAAUUAGAUAAUUCUCUAUACAUGUAUAUGUCGCUGAUCUUUAGCAAGUAAGAACAUUAUGUUCUAGCCGUGCGUAAAGUUACUUGUGUAACGGCUCUAUGAAACAACCACAUGGCCUUUCUCUAGAAAUAUCUUAUUACAUAUGUAUACAUAGAAUUAAAUUUCCUUCGACAAUACUUUUAAGUGUUUUAUAUGUAUAUAUAUGUAUAUAUUUUGGCCAUGCAGUGCGAAAAGAUAUUUUUAAACAGAAUGUUGACUAAAAACCUUGAAAAAUCAACACAUACAUAAACAAUUGAUAUACUUUCAACUGCCUAUGUUUUUAUGACGAUGUAUGCAAAAAUAACAUAUAUUCACAUUGCCUUAACGUUCACGAGGAUUAAUACAUUAUCUGUAAAUACUAUGUAUAUUUUGUAUAUUUAUAUCUCUCCUUGAUAUAUAGUUUAAGGCAAUAAUGACAUUUUUUUCCGUACAGUCAAUUUGAAAAAACAUUCAGCUUAUGAAAAAAAUACAUUGUCAAAGCGUUUCCAAGUACGUGAAACAAACUCCUAAUUAUUUCUUUUAAAUAUUAUUGCAAGAAUUGUUUUAACCAUAUCCAUUAGGCCCUAUAACCAUACCUUUUGACAUUUUAGAAUUCUUUCACAUUAACCUUUAGCUAACAUUCUUAUCAUUAUGAUACAACGUAUUUUCAUGAUGCUUUUAGCUAUAUGUUAGACCUGCCUCAAUGAAAUUAAUGUGAAAGUGAAACAUCAUGGAAAAGAACAUAUAAAACGAAUUCAAUAUCAUUGUACUUCACUUGCUUAUACUUGCUUAAUAUCACGUGAAUAUUAAUCGUAUAUUCUUGUCAUGAACGUUUUUAUAUCACAGUUAUAAAUAUUGUAUUCAUUGCCAAAAGGAAAACUAGCUGAUAAAACGACAUUAUGUAAAAUUUAUCGUGUAAGGGAGCUGGAGAAAUAUAUUCCCAGAUCGAUUGGGCUUGAUGCAAUGAUGCCGUGUAAAAGGUGACACGACAUAUGCUCCUGUGACAUUUGGUCCGGCGAUUAAUGCAUGAUAUUUAGGCCUAAAAUGAUUAGUAUAAAUUAUGAGGGUGUAAUUUUUAAGCAAUAUUGGGUGUAUUGAUGAUAGUACAUAAUUUAUGAAUAAAAAAAAAAUUGUUUUAUUCAAAAAUCAA